UAUGCUAAAAAAUUUAUUUUUUAAAAGUAUAAAACGACUCUGUUACUCUCGGGUUGUUUUGCAAAGUUAAACAUAGUUGUUCUUCACGCCAUGCGUCUAUAAGUCUUGUGUCAUUGAGCGAAGAUCUAGGGCCGACCUGGUUAAAUUAAUAAUGUCUGAAGAAUACUCUUAUCGAGAAGAUGAUGUGCCAGAAGAAGGUGCCUACACUUCCUCAAGAAAACGUGCAUAUAAUGAUGAAGGAUCAGAAAGGCACAGUUCAAAAAGAACUCAUACAGAAUCUACUCCUUUAUUGAAAGUAUUGAUUCCGAAUUAUGCUGCUGGAGCUAUAAUUGGUAAAGGGGGUGCAAAUAUCGGAGAGCUACAAAGUAGAUAUGGAGCAAAAAUUCGAUUGUCUCCUAAUGGUGAGUUUUAUCCAGGCACUGAAGAGAGAAUUGUUAUUCUUACUGGUGAUGUUAGUCAGAUAAUUGACCUGCAUAAUUAUAUUAUCGAUAAAGUGCAUGCUGAUUCCAUGGAGGGUCCAAAAGGUAUGCGUGAUGAAGAUCGAGGACAAAAAGUAAAAAUUGUUUGUCCUAAUGCUACUGCAGGAUUAGUUAUAGGUCGUGGAGGUUCAACUAUUAAAUCUUUACAAGAAGAAACAAAAGCUAAAAUAAUGAUAUCUGGUCGUGACGAAUCGAAAGUAAUGGGGGAACGUAUAAUCACAAUAGCAGGUAAUACUGAGCAAAGAAUCGAAGCAUCAAGACAAGUUAUUGGCAAAAUUGCCGCAGAUGCUGAAAACAUGAGCAACAAAAAUUUAACUUACUCUGGUUCAGGGAGAAAUUCUAAUGGAGUCUCAAACUAUUCUCACCUUGGAAAUAAUGAUAUUGGUCAGACCCUGCAAGGUAGUUUUUCUGCUUUAGGAAGUAUGCUUGGAAAUCUCCAACACAAUCAAAAAUCGCAACAGUUACUCAGCAGUCUAACUCAAAACCCUUUAGCUCUUCUCUCACAAUCUGGACUUGCUAAUCAACUGGGUUUAGGUGGCGGCUCAAAUUCCGGUGGUGGUUUCGGACAAAUGGGACAAAACUUUGGUAGUGUAACGAAUCAAAUUAAAACCACAGUUUCAAUUCAAAUGGAAAUUCCGGAUGUUCUUGUCGGAGCUAUUUUGGGUAAACAUGGAAAGACUGUUCAUGAAUUUAUUCAGUUUAGUGGUGCGAAAAUUCAGUUCUCUGCUAAAAACGAUUUUGCACCAGGGACAACUGACAGAAUACUCACGAUUCAGGGUGAUCUGAAUCAGACGCAGAUAGCAUACUUUCUUAUAAACCAGAAAAUAAUGCAAGCAGAAAAUGAGUUGGGUAGUGGUUUACAGCAAAGGCGUUGAGUCUUUUUUUCUUAAGUUUUCCUCAGUUACUGGGGAUUUUCUGCCACUUUUUUUUUAAUAGAUUGAUGCCAGUCAUUCUGAUCAGGAUAUACAUCUGACCCUACAUACAUACUUUUAGUUCAUGUGCUUGUUUACCAAUAUAAACCGCUCAUGGUAAAUGACAUGCACCUGCGUUUAAAUUGUCCUGCAAAGUCAUCUAUAUCAAAACAUUAACAGACAUUUACAUCAGUUAUCAAAAGGACAUUCAUAGAGGAAGUUAUGAAACCUGAGACAUUUGGCGGCAUCUUUUUUUUUUUAACAUAUCACGGAAGUUGUUAUUGUCAUUAUUCAAUUAUGUUACUUAUAAA